GCCAGACCAGAGCGGCCUCCCUGAGUCACGUAACGUUGAGGGGCCUGGGAUUGUGUGAUUCUGAGCCCGCCAGUCUCUGUGCAGGGAGCCGGAGGGGAGGUUUACGACCGCGCUUUAGUGCCAAGCCCCUUCUCUAUGCUCUUGGAGGGAUGGAGGCGGCUCUGCGGCGGGAACUGGGCACCUCGGUGCUGCGGCGCGCGGGGCAUUCGGGUGGGGGCUGUAUCAGCCAUGGCGAGAGCUUCCACACCGACCACGGUUGCGUCUACGUGAAAAGCAACUCCAAGGCCGAGGCCAGAAGAAUGUUUGAUGGAGAAAUGGCAAGUUUGACAGCUAUCUUGCAAACACACACAGUGAGAGUUCCUAAACCUAUAAAAGUUGUUGAUCUGCCAGAGGGUGGUGCUCUGUUUGUGAUGGAGCAUUUGGAUAUGAGAGGUCUGAACAGACAUGCAGAAAAACUGGGAACACAGUUGGCUGAUCUCCAUCUUCACAAUCAAAAGUUUGGAGAGAAGUGGAAGAAAGAUGCAAACACUAUUGGUAAAAGUGGGGGACAGACAGACAUCCAGUUUGUGGAAAAGUUUGGGUUCCACACUGUCACUUGUUGUGGCUAUCUUCCACAGGUAAAUGACUGGCAAGAAGAUUGGGUGACUUUCUUUGCCAAGCAGCGAAUUCAGCCUCAGAUGGACAUGAUUGAGAAGAAUUCAGGAGACAGGGAAGCAAGAGAGCUUUGGGCCAAUCUGCAGUUGAAGAUACCCAGUUUGUUCAAUGAUAUCGAGAUAAUUCCUGCUCUGCUGCAUGGGGAUCUGUGGGGCGGAAAUGUAGCUGAAGAUGACUCUGGCCCCAUUAUCUUUGAUCCUGCAUCUUUUUAUGGUCAUUCUGAGUAUGAGUUGGCAAUUGCUGGGAUGUUUGGUGGUUUCAGUGGUUCCUUUUAUUCUGCCUACCACAGUAAAAUCCCAAAAGCUCCAGGGUUUGAGAAACGGCUCAAGCUCUACCAGCUAUUUCACUACAUGAACCAUUGGAAUCACUUUGGAGGAGGAUACAGGGGCUCCUCCAUAAAUAUAAUGAGAAAUCUGGUGAAAUGACUUGCCACCUGAGGAUUUUAUCCCCUUAUUCUGGGAGGAAAAUACACUUCUUGGUGUUUCAGCUGCACUGAUGUGUAUGAUACAUUACAAUAGAUACUGACCUUGCACCCUCUUCUCACAGCUUAAGUUCAAGCCCUGCUGUGUCCCAGGUUUGGUGUCCCUUUAUUGCAGUUCAUCAAAGAACGGUCCAAGGAAGUAACAGGACUUAGAUUUGCACAGAAGAGUUCUUGCUCUUGAGAUGGUGCUGCAAAUCUCUCUCUGUAGAUUGGGCUAAGGAAGAUGCAUCUUGGACGAGUAGCUCAGAACAAUCUUUGUUACCAAAAUAUAAACAACAAAUAAGGCAUAGGAUCAAGUCACAUUUUGCCAACUAUGUUAAAAGGAAAUUGACACUCUUAGUGAAUGGGAAGAUGCCAUUUUCUUCAAAAUAUUAUAUUAAGGUAAUCCCAGCUUAAUUUCAGUGGCCAGUAACAGUGGAAUGUAGCAGCCCUGCCCAGCUAUCUUUAAUUGGAAGUAUGUUCCACAGAAUCUAAUGGGACUAACUCCCAAGGAAGUAUAGGUAGGAUUGCAGCCUAAGUCUACAGUGAGCAUUUUCAGUACGACUAGUGGCAAAACCCAUGCCUGCAGCUGUUGGACUAGCCUGGAACUUUUGCAUGUACUACAAGUUGUGGAGAUCCCCCCACCCCCAAGUGAUUAUCUUUCUUCUGUUCUAUAAACUUCCAGUCAGAACCCAUUCCAAGUUACCAAUGGCAUUGUCUGUAACUGGCUCUUCAUUGAUUAGACUGGCUUUAUUUACAGACACCUGUGCAAAUUACAUGUAUCUCAGGUGUGCUUGUUUAUAGCUGCUUGAUGGAAUCCAUGGAUUAAUUCCUUGGUGCUCCCUUUUGCUGCACAUAAAUCCCCUUUUGCAUGGGGUAAAAAUUCCUGCUGGCAAAGUGAUAAUGCAGGAAAAAUGCAUCAUUGAAGUAUUUCCUCCCCUUGGGGAUGUAAAGGUGUCUUGGUUAGGAGGCCUCUCCUUUUUGGCCAUGGAGAACAUAGCUUGUCCUCUGAUGUAUGCCUUUUGAUUACGAUUUCCAACUCUUUUUCUGGCAGGAAUUCUAUAUCUAACCACUCAAUUACAGAUAAAAUCACAAAAGAUUAAUCUUUCCCCAUUACUGCAUUGCCCUGUUGGGAAAAGCUUUACCUGUUGGUUUUUGGCCAGUCACAAUACUAUUAAUGCACAGGAGGCUGGCCAGAGAAAAGUGGCCACCCUAGUUCUGAUGUAGUUUCUACUGAAGCACCUCCCCUUGCCUAAAGGAGUCUUUUUCGUAGAACCUUCGUUUCAGAAGAAACUGAAUCCCAAAUCAGGCAAACAACUACCUUACUGAUACUUUGCUUGUUUACAGUAUAAGGCUGGAUUCAGGUGGCAGCUUCUGCCAUGCCAGAGAUGUGAUGUUCUAAAUUGGAAAUGGGGAAAGAAAUACCUUCUAGGGGGCAGUGGGAAAGUUCUAACUUGCCCAGAUUUUUUGGUGAUAGUAGCUCUCUUCCCAAAAAAAGGGGGGGGGGACAGGGGACACACUACUCAUGUACAGCAUCCUAAGAGCAUUCCUGCAAGCCCUUCCCCAGCACUGAUGGACACAGAAGCCUCACCCCUGCACUAAACACAGUUACAGUGUUUGUCAUGAUGAGAUUAUUUCCGUGAUUGGAAGGCUGGGGCACCCUAGUCUUCCAAUCAUGGAAAGAAUCUCUUCACGCUUACAGUGUUUGUCUCUGCAGAGGUGAGGCGCCUGAGCACUGCAGGUCUGGGGCAGGGUUUGUGGGUGUGCUCUUGGGAUGGACUCAAGUUCAGCAUCCUUCCCCCCCCUCCCUUUUUUUAAUGGCUGAAGGGGGCUAGUUACUCAGUUUGAUACUGGAACCUAUGUUAGUCGUGCUAUGUGUAGAUGGCAGGCAUGUUGAAUCUAUGUGUCUGACACCCACAAAACCCUUGAAAUCUGCAAUUGUGUUUGGGAAAACAUUACAUCUUGUGGUAGCCAUCUUAUAUAAAUCAGUCAACACCCAUUUCCACAAUUAUUAAGUCUUUAUAUUAUAGCAGCCAUAACACAUUUUUGGGUCCAAGAGUUAUGCAAACAGUGCUAAAGAGAUCCAGAGCUACAUGGAGAUGUCAGGAUGAAGUAAUUACUGGACUAGGAUGGAAUUAUAUAUCUGAUAAAAUGUUGUAACGGAGUCAUACCAUAAGGUUUUCUUCAACUUACUGAAGUUUGUUUUGAGGCAAGAAACUAGAACAUUUUUCUUCUUUCAGCUGUUGUUUCCUGCCAAUUCUUUAAUAUCUCUAGGUAGGUGAGAGGAAGGCAUGGUUUUUAGUAUGCAUGUUUGUGCAGAACUCUGAAUGCUUUCCAUUGGCUUAAAACUAACAACACUACAGCAUUUCAUGAAACUUUUCUGAGUGUUUGGUUUUACACUGAAAAACAGUAAGAUUUAAGCUACUUUAUUUAACUUAGCAUUGUGUGCUUUCCCCUCCUCCCUAACUUCAGUAGCAGUGUCACUGGCUACUAAUUCUGGAUUGGAAGAAAAGCGCCAUUUAUGUAGUUUAUAGUCUAUCCUGCUGUUCAAAUAAAAUAUUUUUCUGAUUAA